AUGUCAUCUGAAAUACCCUGGAAUGAAGAUGGCUCAAACGAAAACGGAUAUGAUAACAAUAAUAAUAUUACAACUGCACAGAAUCAGGAUGACUUCAGUUUGCAGCACCAUUUAGUAGAUAGAAAUGAUACUUUACAAAUUCAGCAUUCCUACAGCAGCAAUUAUAAUUUCAAUGAGGAUAAUAAUAGUUCUUCACCUGCACUUGGUUCUCAAAUGAACGCCUCUUCAGAUCCAUUCCAAGGGCCACCACCUAUACAUGUAGCUACAAAUCCACCUCUAGGUACUACAACUGGUAUUCCAAUAAGUAACCAAUUUAGAAAAUUUACACCUAGAACUCAUGCUAAUGCAUUCAUGUAUGCUGCAGCUUCAUAUGUUACACCUGUGCAAUCUAGCUUAACUAAUGUCAUUGAUUCUUCAGCGUGCUCAGUGAGUGAAAGUGCUACUAAGGAUGAUAACAAAAGUCAGGAGUCGUUACAUCCAGCAAUAAAAGAUCACACAGAUACUCAUUCGUUAGAAGAAUCAUUUGGCCAAAAUCAUGUGGCCGAUAGUGAAGUUACUCAUCACAACCAACUUUUUCCGUCAUCUUCACAGGCUGUAGUUGGUGCAUUAGGCAUUGCAUCUGCUGAAAAAUCUAUCACAGAAACUCUUUCAGAACUGACAGAUUCAUCUGCUCUAAAUAAUAACCCUAAUGCUAACAAUAAUGUUGAACACAAUGCAGUCACAUCUAGUAGAUUUGAUCCAUUCAUCUCCCAAAGCAUGACAGGUAACUUUGAUAUUGCUAGCUCUCAUAGUGCAUCUGGUAACUUUGAUAUUACUAAUCCUUAUAAUACAGUCGAUAAGUUUGAGGCCACUAAUCUUCAACCUGCAGAUCAACCUUCUGGGGAUUUCAACUCUGCAUACCACCACUUGUUACAUAGAAAACCUUUAAACCGUGAAUCUAUGAUCUCUCCUGCUACAACACUCUGGGAUAAUGUAGAUGUGCCAAAUGCACCACUUGUAAAAUUACUUCCUCAGUCUGAAAACAAAUUAUCUCCUUUAGCUGAGAAUGGUCUCGCUGCCAAUGUGGGAGGAGCAAACAAUUUGAUACUUGAUGAUAAAUUAUCAGGACAUGAUGUUGCAAACCUCCAAAAUACUGGAACAGGUCCAUCCUACAAUCAGAUUUCUGCCGGGACUACUCAAAGUAAACAGGAAGUCAUGCCUCUUGUAAUACCACAGACAACAUUUGGUGGUACUUCUGCCACUCAAGUUCCUUCACUUUCUUCUCUUGUUAAUAACGAUGCUGCAAUUUCUUAUCAGAGCAGUGUUGUGGCUGGAUUGACAAGCAGUCAACUUCAUAUUCAAGAAAAUAAUGUUCCACAAAAUAGUAAAACAACUGAUAAAUCCACAUUUCAACACCUGGAACAGCAGCCAACUUCAAAUCUUCCAGUGCAACAUUUUCAGAAUUUUGAUAGACAAGCAUCUCUAGAUAAGUUGCACCAUCCUCAAUCAUCUGAACCCAACGCAUCAGCAUUUGUACUGGUAAGUUCUGCAUCUCAUACAUCAAAUAUCAGACCGACCACAAGUUCAAAUUUAAAUUCAUUUCAGCAACCCCCGCUCCAACACGGACCACAACAAGCAGUUCAGGUGGGACCACUUUCAACUGCAUCUUUGGUCUCACAGACUUCGCAUACAUCUCACAUUCCGUCAAAUCCAGUUCAGUCUACUCAACCUGAUGUAAUAUCAAAGCCAUCUGAUCAUAUAUCCAACCAAGAUGAUUAUGCCCAACGACCUGAUUACACACACCGACCUAAUUAUUCUGAUAAUGUUGUUCGUAGUCGUCCAUCAUCAAGGUCGUUGCAAUAUCCAGAACCUCAUAGACCUUUGUCUAGACCAUCUUCCAGACAGAUGAUGUUUCCAUAUGAUGAACAGAAAUCUUUCUCAAGACCUAAUUAUUACGCCAAUGAUCGACCUCAUUCUAGGCCAUCUUCCAGGCCACCUUCUCGACACAAUGAUUACUAUCCACAACCUCUGCCGAGGCAUGAACCACCAGUAGACAAUAAAUAUAGCAAUCCCAAUUAUUAUGUUGCAGGUGUUCGUCCGGAUUCAAGGGGAAAUAUAAUUGCAGAUGAAAAUCUAUAUGCACAAGGAUCAACCAACGUUUCAAGGUCUUCAUCCCUCACCAACUCUGCUGUGGAUAACAAAGGAAAAUACCAAGAGGACAAACCUCUGUAUCCAGAUAGUCGAUCCGAACGUUUUCAACAUCCAGAUGAUAGCUCAAGGUACUACGACGAUCGACCUAGAUAUCCAGAGGAUAGAUCGAGACCUCAGUACCCUGACGAUAGGUAUGACAGAUCAAGACACCCAGAUGAGAGAUCAAGGCGUCGAGAUGAUUCAAGGUCAAGGUAUCAGGAUGAUCAAAUGAGGUACCCAGAUGACAGGCCGAGGCGACGAGAUGAUUCAAGGUCAAGGUAUCAAGAUGACAGAUAUUCAGAUGAUAGACUGAGAUAUCAGGAUGAUAGAUCGAGAUAUCCCAAUGAUUACUCAAGAAUGAGGUAUCCAAAUGAUCGGAUGAGGUAUCCAGAUGAUGUGACUAGGUAUGCAGCUGACAGGUCAUCAUAUUCCAACGCAAUGGACAGAGCGAGGUCGUUCGAUGAUCCAUAUUCAUCCAACAGUGGGACAAAUAUAUCCUCUCAGUUCGAUCCAUAUCAAAGGCCGAGGUCAAGACAAGAUGACAGAUAUCCUAAUGAAUGGAUGAAUAAGGAUAUAUACAUGGAUGCCAUGCAACGAUACUACAAAGACUACAUGGCCUACUAUAUGUCUAGUCACAUGUCACAGGACCCAUCAUUAUCUGAUCCAUAUUAUGACUUCUACAAAAAUGCCUCCCAGUACAAUAAGGGGUUCUAUGAAGAGAUGGCAAGCUACGGUCAGGCAGUACCGCUAGAUAGAAACCUGCUGGAUGUAGUCGGAAGAUCUCGAUCUGUGAAAUCGUCGAGAGGUAGUUCUCCUGUCUUCAAUCCCAUCACUGCUGCUGACCAGUUUGCCAGAGAGUCUCGGCAUGGUUCCAGACCGAGCAGUCAGAUGAGCUGUCCUUCUCAAGAUAUUCUUUCCGUUGAAGCUCGAGGAAGAGUCACACCUUAUAAGUACAUCACUGCCCACGCCAGGGCGUCAUUUUCUAGGUCAGGUCAUUUAGUUCAAAUUAUGCCCCGUGACCCGAUUAUUGGAGGGCCCUCGCACGUCUGCAUAACGCAGGUGCAUGAUGUGGAAUCAGAGGAAGUUAAGGAAAUGAAAGAAUUUCCUGGUCCUCUUAUCAGGGGUGAGGUCGAUGAGGAUGUCACACUGGACCUCUUGUACUUUUGCCAGCAUCAAAUUUCGAAGGUUUCACAGAAUGUGGACAUCAUUGACAGACCGUCAGCCGUUCUACUCUGGAAGUACUUGCAUCUGCUGGUCAAGAUGAAUGGAAAGAUCCCAAGAACAAAUGUAUCAGAGUUGUUGCUUGAAGAUUUCAGCUACAGCUCCUCUGCCUGUCUUGUCUCUGAAUCUACAUCUUCAAAAGCUGAUGCUAAUAACUGUGUCGAGGGAUCAACUGUGAUGAAUGCAGAUAACUCUCAGUUGGAGCAACAACACCAACAACCACUGCACCAACAGUCGCAACCGCAGCAACCACAGCAGCAGCAAAGUAAUGUCACUCAAGUCAUCUCUAGGUACCGAGACCUUCUACUUUAUGGUCGAAAAAAGAAUGCACUUGAAUGGGCUGUAAAGAAUGAUUUGUGGGAACAUGCACUCUUCUUGGCUUCUGAGAUGGAUGCCAAGACUUAUGCCAGUGUUAAGGCCAAGUUUGUAGACAAGUCAGCAAGAAUUAAUGACCCAUUGCGGACCCUGUACCAAGUUAUGAUCGGCAGAGCACCUGAUUUUAUGUAUGAUGACAAAUUGGAUGAGUGGAGACCGAACCUGGCUAUGCUGCUAUCCAACACGACCCUGGAAGAUAAUUUCGUCAGGAAGAAUAUCAUCAAUCUUGGUGAUAAGCUCGCUUCAAGAGGUCUUCUCUAUGCCUCCCACUUUUGCUACCUUGUCGGACAAUCAUCAUUUGGCAACUUCAGUGAGAAGAGUUCCAAACUGGUUCUCAUUGCUUCCAAUCACAGCCUACCUUUCAAGAAGUUCUGCACUAACAUAUCGAUACAAGCCACGGAGAUCUAUGAGUACGCCACCAGCCUCUCCAGUCCACAAUUCAACCUCUCUUCACUUGUCUUGUACAAGUUCAUCUACCUGUCACGCCUCAUUGACUGUGGCCUCUUUGAAGAGGCCUUCAAGUACACCAAAGUCAUUGCCAACAACAUCAUCAACAAUCCUUCUCUCUAUCCUUCCGCUGUCGUUUCAUUCAUCCAUCAACUGUCGACCAGUCUGUCCAUCUGGGACUCUGAGAAGAGCUCUACAUUUGAAACGCCUGCUGCCUGGGUCACCAAUCUGAACAACAUCAUUUGCAAGAUCAGGGAUGGCAGUUUAGAUUUGCAGGGACUUCGGGCUUCCCCUCAAGUACCAUCAACUGGUGCCAGCAGUGAGGUGGGGGACAUCAUGCUGCAUGCUCAAAAUGGCCACCAGUGGGGAAGUGGUCAGUACGGUCAAGGCUAUGUUCCGGUGAGUUCUAAUUGGUCAGAUUCCAACCUGGUCUCUCAGUGGGCAGCCAGUCAGGAGGCAAAUCAGCAGUCAUGGGCCAAUCAGAAUGCCUCUUUUGCUCCUAUCCACAAUGAAAGUAUUGCAAGUUUGGUCUCCGGUCAUAGUGAAACAAAUCCAGCGGAUAUCCAGGUACCAAAUCUCAAGCAAGAAGAACAACUACAGUAUCAGACUCAACAGUACGACCAACAACAGCAAAUGCAACUGCAAUGUCUUCAGCAACAGCAUCAAGAAGGCCAACAACACUUUCAACAACAACAGCCUCAGUACCCACAACAACAUCAUGAAGAAGAACAACAGCAACAACAUUACCAAUCAGAUAAUCAGCAGCCACGAGAUUUUCACAAUCAGCAGCUAGAUCGGCCGCCUCAACAAAAUUCACACCAACUACAACCACACCAACUACAACCACACCAACUACAACCACACCAACUACAACCACACCAACUACAACCACACCAACUACAACCACACCAACUAAAACCACAGCAGCCGCAACAGCCACAACAGCAGCAACACCAUCCAUACUUUGUGUUGGGUGGUGGCGAGAUGGGACAGAUCCCUGAAGAAACAACACACGAUCUUCAGCAAAACUCUCCUCUUAAUCCGGUUAACAUUUUAAGAUGUCCCAUUGCUUAA